AUGGAUAUAGACUGCAGCCUAAAAGAUUUAUAGAAUGCCAGUAAGAAUUGCGAAAGUAUGUAGGAUGAUUAGCUUGAAAAAUAUGUGAAGAUUUGCUCUUCCUAAAGUAUAGUUUAAAAGUUUUAUUUGACUGGUAAAUUAGAUCCUAAAAACUAGUGGUACAUGAGCUGCAAGUCUAUAAUCUCAGAAAAUUAAAAUAGAGUUCUUUAAAAAAUAGGAUUGAAAAACAAAGAUUUUGACUUAAAUUAACCUUAACCAAGCUAGGAGUAAUAAAAUAAAAAUAAAUAGUGA